UGGAAAAUAAAAACGCGAUAAUAUAUAUUUUACAUUUGUUAUGUACGUCAAGAAUAAUAUACUGUUGCGACCCGUCAGGCAAAGCACUAUAUAUGGUGACCGAGCAUCCAAAAGUAUAUGAAUUUAAUCGGAAAUAUGUGACAUAUGCUAACUUAACGACUACGAGAUACGGCCGCCGGGACCCCGUGUACUACGUGGGCUUGCACUUCCACAGUCUUUAUAGCUUCGGGAACAACUGGACGGUGGACUUCUACUUUUACCAGUUCCUGUCGAACGAGUACAAGCGCAGUUUCGUCGAGAUGCACUUUGGUUGGUGCGAUUUAAUUAAAAAGGAUAAGUUUUUUGGACAAGCUAUGAACCAGGGAAGGUUCUUGGAACAGCCAAAAUGUCCGUUUGCUCCAGGCUACUACCAUCUAUACAACAUGACGGUUCCUGUGACCAGCAUCCCCUGGAACUUCCCUUUCACCAAAGGACGCAUAUACGCAAACGUUACCGCCACCGGCACUGGCGAGAUUUUGGCCCGCGGAUACAUCAAUAUGGAGCUGAAACCUUGCAAGCAUAUCCGGAUGGGAAGACAUGUACCUAACGACUAA